AUGGUCAGAAAGCCCCGCGGAAAGCCCCCUCAAACGAAGGAAGCAGCGACAGAAACGGUGGAUGUCGUGGAAAACAAUGUGGUGAAGCCAGUGAACGCCAAUUCAGUCGAGAAGGAAACGGAAAAGGUGCCGAACGAUACUCCCACAAAUUCAGUGGAAAAAUCGACUUCUGAAGUCGCUAAAAUGAAGCUCACGGAUAACGGCAAGGUCGACCAGCCUAAGAAGGAUAAAACGAAAGGAGAAGCAGGUAUGCGACCUUUGAUUUUUGUGGCUUCUUGGUUUAGGUUGAGGUGUCAUGGGUAAUAUCGGAAAAUCGCAUGGAAAUACAAAAAAUAAUUGCAAUUUUUUCGAAAUCUCGGUAGUGUUAGAUACAUUGGGUCCUGGAGCAGCUCGUGAGCUGCAUCAGCGUUUAUUUUUUUCUUAGUAAAUUGAGGUGCAACGCUCAGUUUUAUUGAGCUUGUGGUGUAAAAUACUGUUCUCUUUCUACAUCCAUAUUGUUUAGAUUCAAAGCCACAGAAGCCCAAAACAAGUGAGAAUUCACCGAAAAACGCUCAACAAAAGCCUCAAGACCAAAAACAACAAAACAAAAAGGACAAUACGAAGCCAAAUGCCACACCAAAAGAAGGUCAGAAGGCUCCUUCGGAGGGGCAGAAGAAGGCAGCAGAGCUGAAGGCCGAAAAGAAGGCGCAGAAGGCAAGGAAUAGGGCGGAAAAUGUCGAAGUUGUCCAAAGCAAAGGCCCACAACCCGACAAAUCCAUUCUCAAGGUUCGAUUUGGUAAGUAUUUGAUUUGUUUUCUCGAUUUUAGGAGACUCUCCGAUAUUCAACGUAUUUUAGUGCCAGGAGACAGCAGUGAUAAUCCCCAGCCACCGUCGCCACCGGCAAUUCGACCUUAUCCUUUCUUAUUGGCCGACGAAAAGAAUGUCCAUCCAAUUUUCGCCCGACUAAAAGCCCAACAUGAUGGAAAUGAUCUCUAUGGAAUCGAGAGUGUCAUUCUCGAGUUCCUCAACUGCUUGGCUCAGGUGAGACGGCGAUUUUGAGAGAAGUUAUAUUGUACUAGAGCUUUGAGAAGAUUUUUGGGGGUUUGAUACGGUAAAGGUUUCCGAUAUAAAGCCAUGAAAGAGAUAGGUGUCUAAAUUUCUCAAAAUUAAAAAAAAAGGCGAUAAAUUUUUGAUUACAAAGUAUAUGAAUUUAAAAAUUUUUGUAUGAAAUGGUCAUGACACUAGCUUAACCAGCGCCAAUUUUUAGCCGAAUAAUUCUAUUGAAAUGCCGGAUAUUAUCCAGGAAACUUCGUAACGUGAUUUUGGGGGUUUGAUACGCUGAAGGUUGGCUAGCUUGGAUUUUUGAUGUCCGACGGCGAAAGUAGAAAUGAGAGAAGGCCACAUGUUAUAAUUGAGCCAGAUUUGUCUGAAUAGUGUCUGAAUUUUACCUCGAUUUAAGGUGAAGUUUCAUAGCCGGGGAGCAACGAUUGGGGAAACUGAAAAGUAUUAUUUUUCUUCGAUGUAAGCGUCGGAAUUAGGAUAAUCAAUGGUGCUGAUUUCGAAAAUGACAUUCAUUUUUUCGAUCGUUACUUUUUUCCUUAAGCAGUACUGUAAAUAGUAAUUUUUUGAAAUUUUUUCAUAAAUACUCGAUUUGAGGGUGUUCGAUAGUGCUGAUUUUGAAAAUGAUUUUUUUUAAGUAUUUUUUCUGAUUUGAAAUGAGCACCAUCGAAAACCCCUAAAUCGAGUAUUUGUGAAAAAAAUUCAAAAAAUGACUACUUUACAGUACUACAUAAGGAAAAAAGUAACGAUCAAAAAAUGAAUUCCAUUUUCAAAAUCAGCACCAUUGAUUAGCCUGAUUCCGACACUUACAUCGAAGAAAAAUAGUACUUUUCAGUUUCCUCAAUCGUUGCUCCCCGGCCAUGAAACUUCGACCUAAAUCGAGGUAAAAUUCUGACGCCAUUCAGACAAAUCUGGCUCGAUUAUAACUUGUAGCGUGCUUUCAUUUCUAUUUUCGCCGUCGGACAUCAAAAAACUGAGCUAGCCAACCUUUAGAGUAUCAAACGCCGAAAAUGGCGUUACGAAGUUUCGUGGAUAAUAUCCAGCAUGUCAAUAGAAUUAUUUGGCUAAAAAUUGGCGGUGAUUAAGUUAGUGUCAUGAUGAUGUCAUACAAAGAUUUUUAAAUUCAUAUAUUUUGUAAUCAAAAAUUUAUCACCUUUUUUAAAAACUUUGAGAAAUUUAGACACCAAUCUCUUUCAUGGUUUAUAUCGGAAAGACCGAUAAAGAUAUUGAACUGAAAAUUGGGGUAACUAUAUGAAACGUUAAGAUAAAAGCAUAUUGUAAAAAUUAUAUAUUAUGCUUGAGAGAUUCAAAAGUUACAGUAAUUUUUUCUUCAGUUCAUCAACGAAUUCAACGGUGAGCCCAAAACCCCGUCCUAUCGGGAUUCGCUCCUCCAGAAUCUUCAACCCCAACUGAGCGCACUCACCAAGAACGGCGUCAAACACUUCCCGUUGGCGCUGGGAAAUGUAAUCCGGCAGUUCAAGAAGUUCGCCGCCCAAAUCCCGGAACACGCGACCGCCGACGAGUUCCGCGACCAGUCCCGGGAAUGGCUGGACGAGUUUUACAAGGCCAACUUUAUCCAAGCCACUCAGGCCAUCGUCGACUUCACAAUCGAGAAGGUUUACGGACUGUCGGCGACGACCAUACUGACGUUUGGAUGGUCGCCGGUGGUGGAAAGAAUAUUGCUGGUGCUGACCGAGAAGAGCCCGGAAAAUUGGGAUAUCGGAGUAAUAGACUCACAACCCAAAGGAAAAGGUGAGCAAUUGUGGGUGCGAUCGCCUGGAGGCAAUUUGAAAAUGUUGCGGAAUGUCAACUAUUGAUUUUUGAAAUUUUGUCUGUUUCGUAACGAAAAAACAAUGAGAUUUGGGGAUUGAGGGCGAUUUAUGGUAGUGGAGGUGAUUUGGAAUCCACCUUAGGACCUUGUGGAAAUGAUCUCUACAAAAUUUUGGUGUUGCGAAGUGUCAACUAUUGAUUUUUGAAGUUUUGUCUGUUUCGUAACAAAAAAGCAAUGAGAUGUGGAGGUUGAGGGUGAUUUAUGGUCGUGGUGGUGAUUUAGAACCUAUUUUUAAUGUCUUUAGGGCAAAAUUAUGGUGUUGCGAAGUGUCAACUAUUGAUUUAUCGAAAUUUAAAAUUUUAUUUUUUGUGUUUUCGAUUUGAAAUAGGAAUUUUGAUGAUUUAUGGUAUCUGAAGGCCGAUUUGAAGUAUUUUUCAAGACGUUUUCUUAUGUUGCAUAAUGUCAAUUAUCGAGUUUUAUACAAUUCAAAUUUUUGGAAUAACAAGUAUAAUUUCAGCCCUACCACUAGCCAAAUCCCUCUCAUUACGCGGGGUCCGCUGCACGUACGGGUUGCUGAACGCGGUGGGCGACAUGACCCGCAACGCCCAUCUUGUCCUCCUGGGCGGAACGGCGGUGCUCAGCAACGGCUCAGUACUCGCGCCCCGAGGCGCCGGCCUCGUCGCGCUAGCCGCACACGCCCAGAACAUCCCCGUCUUGAUGACGGUGAAGUCCUAUCAAUUCGUGGACAAGGUGCGGAACAUGGAAAACCAUCAUCAACACGCGCUGGAUUCGGAGCCGCUGGAACUAAUCCCAGCCGAUUUGAUCACUGCCCUGGUGACGGAGAUCCGUAUUCUGCCGCCCACCUCCGCUCCGGCCGUCCUAAAGGCCAAACAACUCAUUUCGGCUUGA